CCGGUUUCCAACGACUACCAAAACUCUCUCUCUCUCUUUUGUCUUAUUAAUACUUAAACACUAACCGAAGCAGAAGAACAGUCCUCGAAGGCGGAGGAAGAAACAAUGGGGAAAUCUCCGUCUUCUUGCUUCCGAAUCAUCACUUGCGGCGGCGGCGCCGGUGAGCCCACCGCGAAAGACGCCGGCGAUCUCAACUCCUACGAGAACAAGAGCUCUCCUGACAAACGUGGAUGGAGUUUCCGUAAGAAAUCCGGGGGACACCGAGGUUUGAACAACAGUGCUGUGUCUGAAACACCUGUGGCGAUACGGACCAGAGAAACUCUGGAAUCUGCUCUACUGAAAUCCCCAUCUCCCGACAGUAACAAAGUGUCUGAAAAGCCCUUCACGGUUCAAUCUACGGAAGACAUGAGCCAGUUACCUGUUACAUAUGUGUCGCAACCGACGACUGAAGAGAAAACCCAAUUUCCUGUUCCACAAGCUGUGCAACCUACAGAGGACAAGCCUGUGUUGUCGGUUGCGAGAGUGGAGGAACUGCUGAUUCAUGACAGAACUGAGUUGCCUGUUCCUGUGGAAACAAGAGGGACAGAGACUGAGGAUGAAGUGAAUGAAACUGAAAUGGAAACUGAAUUGCACGUAAAGUCGAAAGGGACAGAUGCCGGUGAUGCCACAGUGAUGGAGGAAGAUAUCGGUUCGGAGGUUUGCACUCAAGAACCCGAGACCGGUGAUGUCAUGGUAAUCAAGAAAGAGAACGAUGAAGAAUUCGGUGAAAAGAUCGACGAAUCUGUGAUCAUAAUCAUCCAAUCUGUCAUCCGGGGAUUUCUGGCUCGGAGAAAUUUUUUGAAGCAUAAGAAAGCUAUUAUAUUGCAAGCUGCAAUGAGAGGUCACCUAGUUAGGAGGCAGGCCAUUGGAACCCUACGUUGCGUCCAGGCCAUCGUCAAAAUGCAGGCACUUGUCCGUGCACGUCGGUCAAUGAACCAUAGAGCCCAUGUUUCAGAAAUUUCGGAUAGUGCCGAAAAGCUGCUCCAGAAUAUGUUUGCUCGUCACCUAAUGGGGUCGGGGCCGAAGACCAAACCUAUUAAUAUCAAAUGUGACCCAGCAAAACCGAGUUCUGCUUGGAACUGGCUGGAGAGAUGGAUGUCUGUUUCAUCGCCCGAGAAGACAUCGAAACCAGAUUUGGGUACGGAAGAACAGAAAUCUGAGAAACCCUGUGCCUUAGCUUGUCCCGAGGAAGUACUGUCACGUGAUGAAAGAGUUCAUUCAGAGUUAGAGAUUGAAACCGAAAAGAACCUGUCUGGUGACGAAGCAAGUGAGAUAGAAGUGCAUGACGUGGAGAUUGGUUCUCGCGUGGAUAAACCUCGUUCUUUGCAGGAGGAGAUGGAAUCUACAGGUGAACAGCCAAAAAAUCCUCUGAAGCGAAAAGUGAGCAAUCCUUCUUUCAUUGCUGCACAGUCAAAGUUCGAGGAACUGACUUCAGUUUCGAACAAACCUAUGACUAUGUCUUACAAAGAUGUUGUCCUGGGAGAAACUGAAACCAAAACCGAUAAGAUUUCAUCUAAUGAGCUUAGCACCAUGGAAGAUGUCGCCCGAAAUCAGCUUGACGGUGGAUUUGAUCACGGUAUCGAAAAAUCUGAAUCUUCAGCUCUCGGUAUUCCUGACAAGAACUCGGAAACUGAGGCUGCAGAUUCAAAGAAUGGAAUUACAUUCUCUGAGAAAGGAACCGACGAUGCAAAGGUGACAAAUAUCGAAGUUAAGGAUGAAGUAGAAGAUUCUGUCGUGUUGGAGAAUAAACAGAAAUCGGUAAUAAGCACACCAGAUGAUAAGAAGAAGCAUCAAAAAACCGAAAAAGUGAAUCAAGCUUACACAUUUUCGCCCGAAGCUUCUUCUCCGAUGACAAUACCUGAGUCCCAGGCAACACCCUCGUCGGUGAAAUCCAAAAAGGAUGGGACCCGAAAGAGCGGUUCGAGUCAAAAGCGGAAGCCGAGCAAGAAAACGACAUCAAGCCCGAACCAUGAAUCCGGUGGCUCGGAAAACGUGGAGCAAGGACCCGGGAAAGACCAGAAGAGUGGGAGGAGACGAAACUCGUCCGGGGUUGAUCAAGAACCGAGAGAUGAUGGGAAGAGCUCGAUCCCGAGGUUUAUGAGGCCAACGGAGUCGGCAAGAGCAAAGGUACAAGAACAAAACUCGCCAAGAUCGAGCCCCGAUGUCCACGAGAGAGACGAUUCCAUCAAGAAGAGGCAUUCGUUGCCGGGUUCGAACGGAAAACAAAACUCGUCUUCUCCUAGAAUCCAACGAUCAUCUACACAAACACAGCAAGGAACGAAGGAGAGGAAAUGGCAGAGGUGAACCUCCGACGGAUCCGUAAUCGGAAUCCGACACCGAAGUCUUUGGUUUCGGUAACUGUUUCCGGGAGAAUUUGAUCAAAUGGUUUGUGUUUUCAGACAUCCUUAAAAACUCUUUUAUGAACUUGAAGUGUGCAAGAUGUGAGGGGGGAGCCUUUGUAUAGGAUCGUGCUUUUUGUUUUUUUUUUUUUGUUUUUUCAGACAUUUAUUUGAUUAAGAUUUGUCGAGUUGGUUUGGUUUGGGCUUUUGAAGUUGGGUGGUGAUGUUUUUAUGGACAUUUCCUAAAGCUGACAGUGAAAGCUUAUUGUAGACAGAAAAAGAUGUUUGAGAAUUGUGUGUCCUGUAAUAAUCUUACAAGUUCUUUUUAUUUUUUACUUUGGAUC